AUGAAAUGUUUCUUAAUAUUGCAUUGGCAUUGUACAAAAAGGACUAUAUCACCAUUAUCCUAUGAUUUGCACUUCUAUGAGACCGUUGUUAUUAUUUCUAGGCCGGUGAACGACAAUCGCGCGUCUCUAUUAUCUCGAGGACCAACGCUGCCUAGAAAGCCAGAGAAAGAAAGAGAUGGAUAUAUGCAGGUGUGGAAAUACUACAUGACAAUGGCUUAUCUUGUUGUACCAGCGGUACCGAGUCCCGUAAUAAGAUGUGCGAGUCCAGAUCUCAGUUUAAGGUAA